GACAGCUGCAUUACUGCGGAAGGAGAAAGGAUGUGAGACAUCUGGUGCCUGUUCUAGUGCAAUAAGUACAAGAAGCAUGCGGCCGCCCCAUUUGCAGGGAUUUCUGCUGGUUGUGAUAUGCCUGGGCUCAUAUUUCGGAUCCUCAGAGAACAACCCGUUUCCUGACAUCACUGACGAGAAGUUCAUCAAUGACUGUGUGAGGAUACACAACGACAACCGUUCCUCUGUGAAUCCACCAGCCAGUAACAUGCUCUACAUGACGUGGGAUGAGGGCUUGGCCGUCACGGCAAGAGCCUGGGCAAGGCACUGUGUCUUUGAGCACAACAUCUACCUGAGAGAUGUCAGACGGGUCCACCCGGUCUUCUCCUCCGUGGGAGAGAACAUCUGGGCAGGAGCUCCACCCUCCACGUUCUCCGUAAUGAAAGCCAUGCGCCUGUGGGUCAAUGAAGACCAAUAUUACAAAUAUGAAAGCAACGUGUGUCAACAAGGAAAAAUGUGUGGACACUACACACAGGUUGUUUGGGCAACGAGCUACAAGGUUGGUUGCGCUGUCCAAAUAUGCCCGAAUGGCGUUGACAAGACUACUUUUUCUGGACAAAUAGGAGCCAUAUUUGUUUGCAACUAUGCCACUGCGGGGAACAUGAAUGGGAUGUUACCAUACCAAACGGGGACAGCAUGCAGCGCUUGUGAGGGUACAAACAAUCAAUGCCAGGCCAAGCUCUGCCGCAAUUCAGAGCGAGACAAACAAAAAAGUUACAACUGGACCCCUGACUGGGAUCCAGCCCUGACCACCUGUGGUUCCUCCUGCAUUGCCAUAUUGGCCAAUCGGUUCGCCGCUCUUCUCCUUACCUUUGUCACAGCAUUUGGUGUGCACAGAUUUUACCCAAGCAUGUUUUUCUAUGAAUAGCUGAGAUUGUUGCAUGCAUUGUGGGACAGGAAAGUAGAGGUGCUGUGCUAAAACAGAAGCCCAGAUUCUAAAACACGCUGCAGCGGUCAUGUUUGCCAUUGGUUUCUCAAUUGCCAAACAAAGUAACAUUCAAAUACAAGUAUUGUUUAACCGCUUCUAGCCUUUUUAAAAGGGAACAUCUAACAAAAUGUUACCCCAGUCAUAUCAAUUAGGCAACAGAGGAAAAUGACUUCUGACAAAUACUGACUAAAACGCCUUCCCAAGACACAGAAGCCUGAACACCUCCACGUUAACGUCAAUGGAAAACUUCAUCUGCACAUUUUUAUCACACAUCAACAGUUCAAACUGCCAAAAUAAAAAAAUGUCACCAACGCUGCUCCAAGCCUGUAGCUAUGUAGGAUUGUAAAAGACUUUUUAAUAAAAUAAACCUCAGAGGAUGCUGG